UAACUUAUCUUCUCAUUCAAAUAAUGAAGUACUAGCCAUCUUACACUGUUUAUUAUAGAUUUAAGGAUUUCGAUAAUAUUGAGUAUGCUGAUACCUACUCAAAGUGGAGCAUUCACGUGAGGGUAGACGUGAAGUUUCUUCCUAACAAAUACAAUGACAACAUAUGCUUUGUUCUUAUGGAUAAAACUGUAAGUUUCAAAGACUCUUGAUAAAAUUCCUAAAAUGUAAUCAUGUGUUUAUCAUAACCUUACUUUUUAUGCUCAAUCACAUUCAAGGGGGCAAAAAUAGAAGCAAGCGAGUUUGGGGAAAUGCUGAAGUAGCGCGAUUCAACCGCAUCCUGCAACCUGGUUGCAAAUAUACAAUUCAUAGGGUUAUAAUUAGUCCUAAUGCGGAAUAGGUCGAGUUUAGAGCAAUUGGACACCUGUUUGAAUGCCAUUUUAACCGAGAGACAGUGGUUGAGCCCUGUCUGCCUAUUGAGUUCCCAAUACUCCCAAAGCAUCUGAUGCCAUUUUCGGAUGUAGCCGAGCGUCCAAAUAAAACCUUCGUAGAUAUAGUUGGCAUAGUCGUUCAUUGUUGUGAACGUGAACGUUUUGGGAGGCACGGCAAGUAUAGGGAAGCUAUCUUCAUGGAUGCGUGGGGAAAUCUUAUUGUCAUAAGCAUUUGGGGUUUACAACUGAACCAGAACUCAUACCUAUGGUCAACGACUGAAGGCAGCAAGCCCAUUGUCAUCGCAACCAUGUUGCAGAAAGAUAUUAAAUUUGGUGAUCUGAAUACAUCGGACCAUACAAACCUUGCUUUCAACCCAGCUCAUCGUGCAUCACUUUCUCUCCAGGAUAUCCGCCAAAAAAUAAUUACUGGAGCGAUUGACAUGACCUUUGUGCAAAGGUUUGUUGAGAGGAGGUGGGCCUCUGUUGCGAUGGUGCUGGCUAAAAGAGAUGCACGCUACAGGAAGUAGUUGUGGUUGGAUUAUCUGUUCGCUGCUGUAAUUUAGAUGGGAGACUGUGGAGAGUUCACUAUGAUGGCAACCCCCGAGGAAGGUGAUGACGACCUUUUUGGUGACCAGCUGGUGACCCUGACGACUUCACUUGGACUUCCACCACCUGAGUUCAGGGGAAAGCAACUACCACCCACGGCACCUGGAGAUCAUCGUUGGAUCAUAGAGGGAAAUGUGAGGGGCCGACUUGUCAGGACAGAGACACAAGAUAUAGUCUUCUACAAGAUGAGCCCCAAUUGGGAGAUUGGCGUAGAGAUGGCCAUGCAAGAGGCACUGGCCCGCACUGUGCAGACUUACCAACAUGAGAUGUCUCAGGGUUCUUCUUUUUAUGCCUUUGGGAGGCGCUUUGAGGAUGGGACAACCAACAGGACUGCUGGAGAUCGUGUAGGUAUGGAUUACAGGGUUAUCCAGAUGGAGGACUUGGAGUGCCACAUCGUCAACUUAGAGGAAAGCCUUACUGCUGAAAUGAGAAAGAAUGAGAAUUUGAGGGUUACCAUAGAGAAGCUGAAGCGGGGAAAUACAGAGUUGACCAUGGAGCUCUGUGAUAUGGAUGACAAGCUGAUUGCGAGAGAUACUGAGAUCACUGAACUGAAGAAUGCAAUGACGCCUAAGGAGACCCCAGCAGUCCCACAUGACCAGGAUACGCAGAAUGAAGAAGAAGAUCCAGAGGAGCGCAUUGCUUUUAUGCCAAAUGGAGAGGAGUUAGAGAUCGUCUCUGAGGAGGAGGAUACUCCCACGGGGAACACUCCACCCCAUCAACGUAGGACCAUAAGCACCAGGACCUACCAUGCUCUCCUCAACAAGUGAUUAGAUUGAUCGACCACCAUUUGCGUCUUAGUGAAUUUGUUACACAAGUUGAACCUUACUUCUUAGGACCAUUUUGUAAUGUUAAAAUGUAAGAGUUCCAAACAGAUUUAAUAUAUGUGCAUUUGAAGUGAUGCCAAUUAAUGUAAUUAUUUAUUCUA